AUGAGAUAUCAGACCUUCAGCAUGUCAGGUGAUGCCUCCGAGCGACAGCCUGAUGCGCCAAUAGAGGUGGAUAGCCAAGAUGCAGAUUAUACCCACGAGACAGCCACUCGAGCGCGAAUCACCUCCGCACAGAGCUUCACACCCCGCUCCCUCGUCGUCGGUCUCAUUAUCGGUAUAUUAAUUACAUUCUCAAAUACAUAUUUUGGUCUGCAGUCAGGAUGGAUAAGCACAAUGGCAAUGCCAUCAGCCUUGAUUGGCUUCUCGGUUUUCAAGGUCUUAUCUAAGCAUCUGUCAUUCCCGUUUACCCCAGUCGAGAAUGUCCUCAUUCAGACCGUGGCCGGAGCAGUGGGUACUAUGCCGCUAGGAUGUGGAUUUGUUGGAGUUAUUCCUGCACUGGAAUAUCUACUGAAAGACGGCGAAGACGGUCCAGUGGGCGGAGGCGAGGGUGAAGGUGGGCCCCUCAAGCUCGGCUUUUGGAAAUUAGUCAUCUGGAGUCUUGGAGUUUGCCUGUUCGGAGUGGUAUUCGCAGUUCCAUUGCGGAAGGAGGUUAUUGUUCGAGAGAAGCUGCGGUUUCCCAGCGGUACCGCUUCGGCGCUCAUGCUUCGAGUGCUGCACGGCGCCGGUAAAGAUGAGAAAAUCUCUGUACCGACCCAGAAUCGCAAUAGUGCAGACUAUAUAGAGCCUUCUGGGCCAGUCCAUGGGCAAGGAGAACAUAGGCUCUUGUUGAAAGAUGUUGACACCGAGGAUCAAGCGUCACACCAAAAGGAUUGGCGCGCUAAAAUGCGCUUGUUGAUCGGUGCAUUCGUAGUUUCGGGUAUAUAUACUUUGUUUUCCUACUUUGUCCCAGGAGUUCGAGAUAUUCCUAUACUCGGAGCUGGGCUUGCUCAUAAUUGGCUCUGGACUCUCAAUCCAUCUCCUGCGUACAUUGGACAGGGAAUUAUCAUGGGGCCAUCGACGUGUAUGCACAUGCUUUUUGGAGCGGUGCUGGGAUGGGGUAUACUAUCCCCACUAGCUAAACAUCGUGGAUGGGCCCCUGGACCCGUGGGUAGUUGGGAGGACGGGAGUAAAGCAUGGAUUGUAUGGAUUUCCUUGUCCAUCAUGCUCGCUGAUUCUAUUGUCAGUCUUGGGUGGCUCGUGAUCAAACCGCUGGUGGCUCGUUGUCCCAAAUGGAUAGAUCAUUUCCGAUCCAGCUGGUUGGGACAGCGUUUGCAUUUAUCUGCGAGUCAUAGUCGCUCCCAUAUCAGCUACUCCGCCUUAGAUUCCAAUCAUGACCUGCAAAGUGCUCAUACUGGGGCGGUAGAGGAAGAGGAUGCUCCACCAUCACAACUUAUCUCCAACCGAGCAGUCCUCAUUUUCCUACCCUUGACACUGAUUCUGAAUGUCGUCUGUAUGCACUUUGCUUUCGGUGAUAUAAUUUCUCCAUGGCUGUCCAGCUUGGCUACGUUGAUUGCAGUUCUCCUUUCUGUAAUGGGCGUCCGAGCCCUUGGCGAGACAGAUCUCAACCCAGUUUCCGGAAUUAGCAAGCUCACCCAACUUAUUUUCUCGCUCGCCACUCCCGCAUCUCACUUUUCUCGUCGAGCAGCCUUGGUGACCAACCUGCUCGCAGGCGCAGUCUCCGAGUCAGGUGCUCUACAGGCUGGCGACAUGAUGCAGGAUCUGAAGACGGGGCAUAUCCUCGGUGCAAGCCCCAAAGCCCAGUUCUACGGUCAGGUAAUUGGCAGUCUCGUUGGUGCUGUACUUUCUACAGCUGUAUACAAGUUAUACGUGAGUGUUUAUGAUAUCCCAGGUGACAUGUUUCAGACACCAACUGCAUACGUCUGGAUCUUCACCGCGCGCCUUGUUACAGGUCAUGGUCUACCUGAGAUGGUUUGGCAAGUCUCUGUUCUAGCUGGUGUUGUUUGGAUGUUCCUCACGGCUCUUCGUCUCGUUGGCGCAUCCCCUUCCUUUUCACGUAACGGCUCACCUGCGCCUUGGAGAGACUGGAUCCCGGGCGGAAUUGCCGUAGCCGUUGGAAUCUUUAAUGUUCCGUCUUUUACGCUCGCAAGAGCCAUUGGCGGAAUCAUUGCCUGGUGGUGGGCUCGGAAACACUCGUCAGUCUCGGCGCAAGAUCCAAUUGCCAACGGUGAUUCUGAUAUUAACCCUACCAACGGAGGAUCCAGCGAAUCAGCAAACACCGCAAAUACAGCGAAAAAAGCGGAUGCUGCAUCUUCAACUGUUGUGGUUUUGGCAUCUGGUCUGAUUCUGGGUGAAGGUAUCCUGAGUAUUGUGAAUCUCGUUCUUGCGAGUUGUAAAGUACCCCAUCUAUAA